AUGGAACGACGUUUUCAUAAUAAUGCUCAGCUCAAGCAAGAACACCAAAAAUUUAUGUUCGAUUAUAUCACGUUGGGCCACAUGGAGCCGGCUGGUAAUUUCGAUCCAAAACGUACGUAUUUUUUACCGCAUCACGCAGUGCUAAAGCCUAACAGCACAACAACUAAGUUGAGGGUUGUUUUUGAUGGGUCAUGUAGGACUACAAAUGGACUCUCGCUCAACGACCAGUUGCUCGUGGGACCCACAAUUCAGAGAGAUCUAUUUGAUAUUAUUUUAAAUUUUCGCAAGUACAAGUUGGGAUUUACAGGGGAUAUAGAGAAGAUGUAUCGCCAGAUCUUGGUGGACCCUGACGACCAAUCACUGCAGCGUAUACUUUGGCGGAGGUCAAACGAUGAACCCAUAAAAGAAUAUAAUCUGAAGACUGUAACCUAUGGAACGUCAGCUGCGCCAUUCCUCGCAACUAGAACCUUGAAGCAAAUCGCCAAUGACAACGCCAAUGCAGAUCCGAAAGCAUCUGAAGCAAUUUCACAGUAUUUCUACGUAGACGAUUUUAAGGCAAGCGCUACCGACGAAGCUACUGCGAUUCAGCUUAAAGAAGAGAUUUGCGCCCUGUUGUUUGAUGCUGGGUUACAUCUGCGCAAGUGGUCUUCAAAUUCAGCAACCUUCUUGGAAAGUAUUCCAAGUGAGGAUCGAGAGGUUCAAUUUGAUACCUGUAUAGACUCUACAUGCACAGUAAAGACACUGGGACUCUUAUGGGAUACAUCGACCGAUAGUUUUAAAUACAGCGUUUGUUUGCCAUCAAACCAACAUACAACCAAGCGAAGUGUUUUAUCGGAUUUAGCUAGGAUCUUGCCACAAGAACUUCUAUCUAACGAGAUUUGGUGGCAUGGUCCAGGUGAACUAAAAGACAUUCCAGAGACGUGUCAUUUAGUGCCUCCUCUGGAAGAUGACAUAACGCAGGAAGAACGGAAAAGCACUGUUGCACUUGCAAGCGUAACAACUGAGGUUUCGGUGAUAGAGCGCUACUCCUGUUAUACACGACUGCUGCGAAUCACAUCACUUCUUUUGCGAUUUGUCAACAACUGCAAAGCUAAUGAACUACGCACGGCGCAUGAUGUCCUGGUAAGAUCAGCACAAGCAGGAUCUUACACAUUCGAGUUACGAACUAUCGGUCAAGAUAGGCAGUUACCAUCUUCACAUAAGUUGGCACCACUUGCUCCAUUUAUUGACGAACAAGGACUGCUCCGCGUAGGUGUCAGAGUUACCAACGCGAAAAUCAAUUAUAAUCAGAAACAUCCAUUCAUAAUGGACAAAACUCACCCGUUAACUAAACUAAUUGUACGUGGCUAUCACAUACGUUACUUGCAUGCCGGACAUAGGCAAUUACAUUAUCUCUUGGCUCUUAAGUACUGGAUUCCAGGAGUCACAUAUGUUAUCAAGCAGUGCAUCUUUAAAUGUACAGUAUGCAUGAGACACCGCGGCAUUUCCUACCAACAACAAAUGGGUGACAUACCAAAAUAUCGUUUGGAUCCAGGAUCACCUUUCCUCAACACGGGGAUCGAUUUUGCUGGGCCGAUACAGCGGCUUUCAUUGCAUCACUACGAAGAUUCACUGCGAAGAUUCUCAGACAAUGGUACCAAUUUUGUGGGUGCUAAUCAACAUUUACGGGAACUAUACCAAUACAUAAAUGAUUCGACAACACAGGAAACCAUUUCAAGAGCGUCAGCUGAGCAAGAAAUUCAGUGGCAUUUCUCCCCACCUUCAGGACCCCACUUCGGCGGCAUAUGGGAAGCAGGCGUCAAGUCAGUCAAGUAUCACUUAAAACGAACAUUGGCUGAUGCGUCCGUUACAUAUGAGGAGUUGAACACUAUUAUCUGUCAAAUUGAAGGAUGUUUCAACUCACGCCCACUAUGUACCAAAUUUGAAGGCGAUAUCGAUCCCUUGACUCCAGCACAUUUUCUGAUUAUGCGUCCGAUGACUUCUCUGCCAGACAAAAACCUCAUCAACCUAAAGGAAAAUGCAGUAAAUCGUUGGCAAUACCUUCAGAAGCUGACACAGCAUUUUUGGAAAAGGUGGUCAAUCGAAUAUGUAACACAAUUGCAACAACGUCCCAAAUGGUCUCAACGUUUGAGGAAUCUAGAGAUCAACGAUGUGGUUAUCAUAAAGGACGACAACCUACCACCAACCCAAUGGUCCAUUGGAAAGAUCUCAGAAGUGCAUCCAGGAUCCGAUGGUUUAGUGCGAGUGGCGUCUGUAGACACUUUUAAGGGGACCCUAAAAAGACCCAUUGUCAAACUUUGCCCACUGUUCAUCGAUAUUUAA